AUGUUUUUCAGAAAAUUACUUUCGAACGACCACCAUCCUCCUAUCGACUUGGUCAUUUCAACAGGUUUGGUUCCUCGUUUCGUUUCCUUCUUAAAUUACGACAAUUGCCCCAGUCUUCAAUACGAAGCGGCGUGGGUCAUCACGAAUAUCGCCUCCGGAACCAAAGAGCAGACUGCAGUCGUCAUUCAGUGUGGCGCCCUUCCCAUUUUGCUUCGUCUCAUCGAGUCUCCCGACGUGGGCGUGCGCGAGCAAGCGAGCUGGGCGCUGGGCAACAUCGCCGGCGACAACGCGCAGAGUCGUGACGACAUCAUCAACGCGGGAGGCGUCGAAUUGAUUCUGAAGCAGCUCAACAAAGAGGACUGCACGUCCUUCUUCCAGAAGAACGGCGUGUGGCUGCUGUCGAAUCUGUGCCGCACGCGCGACGACCAGCCGACGGACUUCGAGCGCGUGAAGAUCUGUCUGCCGUACAUGCUGCAGAUGCUGCAGGACAGCCAGGAGGACGUGGUGACGGACGCCUGCUGGUGCUUCGCGUUCAUUACCGACUACAACAAGCGCAACACGGCGUACAUUCUGCAGAUGGGCGUGCUGCCGAGCAUCGUGCAGCUGCUGAGCAAGUCGAACAGCAAGGUGGUGACGCCCGCGCUGCGCACGGUGGGCAACGUGCUGGCGGGAGACGACGAGCAGACGCAGCAGUGCCUGAAUCUGAACGUGGUGGAGUAUCUGGGGAACUUGCUGGCGAGCUCCAACCCGCUGAUCGUGAAGGAAGCGGCCUGGUGCUUGUCGAACAUCACGGCGGGAACGGUGGAUCAGGUGCAGGUGGUGAUUAACUACGAUCUGAUCCCGGUGCUGGUGGAGCUGAUUCGGUCUGGACGGUCCGAUGUGCAGAAGGAAGCGUGCUGGGCGGUCUGCAACGCGUUCUGUGGCGGCAAUAUGAUGCAGAUUGGGUUGCUGGUGUCUGUGGAAGACGCAAUUCCUGCGAUCUCCUCGAUGCUGGUGAAUGAAUCGGGAAGCAAGCUGAUCUCGAUCAUCAUCGACUCGCUGGAUCGCAUUUUGGUCUAUGAGAAGUUUAUGAUGCAGAAUGGAAACUUGCAGUCUGCUGUAAUUACGCAAAUGUUAAGUGAUUGCGGAUGUCUGGACAACAUUGAAAAAUUAGAAGCGAUAGAUGAAUCCACGUACGAAAAGACGAAAGACUUUAUUGAGCGACAUUUUGGAUUUGAGGACGAGAUUAGUUUUAAUGACAUAAAUUGA